GCAAGCAAGGCUCAGAGAUGGUCCUCUAGAAUGUGAAAAUCUAUUUCUUUUUCCUUAUAUAUUCAGAUUUUUUGGAGUUCUUCCACUUCUAAUGACAACUGUCUCUCUCCCCCAACCUCUACUCUUGAACCUCCAGCUAACAGCUGGCUCCCUCCAUUUCUUGGGCCUUCUGACCCCAUCCCCUCAGGCUCUGCUGCCACAGCCUCUGACUUCACAGCAUCUGCCCCCACAGCCUCUGCCCCCACAGCCUGUGCUCACUGGUGCCCUCUGCAUUCCACAUGUGUCAGCACCACUGCCUGUUGCUGCCUUCCAGGAUUCAGCUCUUCAUCUGGAGAGACUGUCACCAACCCCAUGGAGACUUGUGAUGACAUCAAUGAAUGUGAACUACCCUCGGUGUCCUGUGGAAAAUUUGCCAACUGCCAGAACACAGAAGGGAGCUAUUACUGCAGGUGCAACUCAGGAUAUAGGCUUCAUUCUGGAGCAACAGUGUUCUGGAAUGAAAAUGAGAACACAUGUCAAGCUUACCACAUGGGGACAACGCAGAUGACGAGGACCCAGAAGAAUGUUGGGUCAGAUUUGGGCAGGACGACACAGACCCCACUGCACACACGCAAACUUGAAGAGUCACAUAAAUGGAAGACAUUCCCCUCUGAACCAGGCUAUAACAGAGGGCACCAUUGGGGACAACUGCCUCACUCAUGGGGGUACACAGGGACAUCCUUCCCCAACUGGACUGCACCCCCUAGAAUCAACAGCAAGCGCUAUUCCCGAUUCUUAAAAGAAAUUGAUGAUUUGGGCAGAGAUUUCACAUUAUCCUCAGCUAUGGACACCAUCCAGAACAUCGUACAGGUGGUUGACAGCCUACUGGAGAACCCUGAAGACCUGAAGACCUGUUCCCGCUCAGAGCAGCACUCUGUGGCCACUAACCUGCUCUUCAACAUGGAGCAUGUCUUGAGAGAGCUGAGCAAGUCCCCACCCAAUGAGUCACUGGCCUUUAAUGCAGCAGGAGGCACAGAACUGUCCCUGAAGGUAAAGGAACAAGGACAAAGGAGUGUCAGCUUGAGUGUCAGUCAGGCAAAGAUGCUGCUGAACUGGGAUAUGGUGCAGGAGUCUGGGGACUCAGACCCUUCUGUGGUGGGCCUUAUCUCUACUCCAGGGAUGGGCAGGUUGCUGGCAGGGGCCCCCCUUGUGCUGGAAACUGAGGGACCAAAAGUUCUGCAUGAGACACACACAGGCUUGAUGCAGGGGGUCUCCCCGGUCCUGCUCUCAGAUGUCAUCUCUGUCUUUGUGAGCAACAACAACACCCAGAACCUCAGUUCCCCAGUCACCUUUGUCUUCCAGCAUUCAGUGACCCCUAGGCCAAGGCAGCAGGUACUCUGUCUUCUGGGAGCAUGGCCAUAAUGGAAGUGGUUAUUGGUCCAUCAAAGGCUGCAGGAUGGUGGGAUCCAGAGACACCAGCACCACCUGUCAAUGCACCCACCUCAGCAGCUUUGCUGUCCUCAUGGCCCAGUAUGACA